CUCUCACCCGCCUCACGCGCUAGAGGAGACGCCCGAGAUGGUCUCCCCAUUUAUUAUAUUGAGGACGUGCGCGGCGAUCGUCGCCCUCCUUCCCUCAUCUGCUUCUGCCGCCAAGGUACUACAUGCAAAGGCGUCCUUGGCUAUCUCGAACGGUCCAGUCUCCCCCGACGGCAUCGAGCGCAUCGGCGUCCUCGUCAACAAUGAGUUCCCCUCGCCGAUGAUAAAGGCGACCAAGGGCGACAAGUUUCGGCUCGAGGUCCUCGAUCGCCUGUCUUCUCUCGUUGAUCCGAACAUGUACAUCGCCACUAGCAUUCACUGGCACGGAUUUUACCAGAGGGGGACUAAUUACGCUGAUGGUGUUGCCUAUGUCACGCAGUGUCCGCUCAUGCCGGGCGAGAAGUUCACGUACAAGUUCAGCACCGAUGACAACCAGGCGGGGACGUACUGGUAUCAUUCACACUUCGAUUUGCAGUACUGUGACGGCUUGAGAGGUACGCUUGUUGUAUACGACCCAGAUGACCCUUACAAAGAUCACUACGACGUCGACGAUGAAUCUACCGUGCUGACUCUCGCGGAUUGGUACCACUCUGGGGCGCGCACUCAACCUGGCGGUGGCCCGUUUGUCGCGGACAGCACGCUAUUCAAUGGCAAGGGGCGAAGUGUAAAGGACCUGACUGCGCCACUAGCCAAGAUCAAUGUCGAGCAUGGAAAGCGCUACCGUUUCCGUCUCAUCUCGCUCGCUUGCGAACCCAACUACAAGUUCUCUAUUGACGGACAUAACUUGACCAUCAUUGAGGCGGAUGGGCAGUUGACGGAACCUUUGAUGGUCAACGAGAUUCAAAUCCUUCCCGGUCAACGAUACUCGUUCAUCCUGAACGCGACGCAACCUAAGGACAAUUAUUGGAUGAGGGCGGUGCCGAACGUAGCCUUGCAUGGGACGAAUGAUGUAGAGGCCAACUUCACCGGCGGCUUGAAUUCUGCGAUCUUGCACUAUAACGGUGCAUCGCACCAUGAACCACACACGCACGCGCCGCACGACAAAGUACCUCUUCGCGAACCGGAGCUCCAUGCAUUGGUCGACCCUGCUGCGCCGGGCACGCCCGGAUACGGCGUCGACGUCCAGUCCGUUAACCUCACCCUGGGAUUCGACGGGGUCCUCUUCAACGUCAAUGGCCACAACUUCCACGGUCCGGACGGCAUGAUGAAGCCCUACCUGCUCCAAAUCCUCAGCGGCGCUCAGAGCGCGUCGGACCUCCUGCCGCAAGAGAGUAUCAUCGACAUCAAGCGCGGCAGCGUCGUCGAGAUUACUCUUAUCCCGGACAUGUCCGGGAUGACCGGUUCGCCUCAUCCAAUGCAUCUGCACGGCCAUUCAUUCAGCGUGGUGAGGAGCGCCGGGAGCGAGGAGUUCAACUACAAGAAUCCGGUACGAAGGGAUGUGGUAAAUACGGGCACCGAUUCGAAGGGGCCCGGCGCGGGCGCGGUCAUUCGGUUUGUGGCGGACAAUCCGGGACCGUGGUUUCUGCAUUGCCACAUCGACCCUCAUCUGCAGGGUGGUUUGGCCGUCGUCCUCGCAGAGGGCGUCGACUCCGCAGCAGCGGCGAACCCGCCGCCUCCGGACUGGCAACAACUCUGUCCUGUCUGGAACACGUUCUUCGGAGCCUUCCACCGUCCACUCGGUGGACCCAUGGCAGAGAUGCUAAACAAUGCCACAUUGGACUCGGACAUGCAGUAGACUGACUUGAACCUCUCGUCCACGCUAUUUAUGCUCAAAUAUCGGACUAAUCUCAUGACGGGGACCUCUGCCUACGAUCUGACGAUUGCCUCGGACGCCUUUGUUUAUUCAAUUAUGACUUACUUAUUUCUUGCUUAUUCGUUUACGAUAUUGAUGUGCCUAAUUCUUGUAUACUCAACAAGAAAU